AUGCCGCUCCGGGAGACGGACCCCGAUUUCGAACGUGAACUCUUCGAACAAGUCAAAGCAGCCUUCAACGAAAAGUACGGGUGUUUACAAUACUGGCUCCCACUACCGCUCAUCCUCGUCGAUGAACAAGCAGACCCACCACUGCCAUGCCAUGAACCUGCAGAGGACACCCUCGCCAUCAGCGCCCACGUAUCAGUACGCAUCCACGCCCUUUAUAAGCAGAUUGCCGCCGCAUAUGCGUUAGUCAGGAACCCGCCCACCAGCAUCCCCCUCAGACUCGAAAUCGAGACUCAAAAGUACGACACAGACGACCUAGAAUAUCUGGUAUGCUACCAUCGCAGACAUCACUCGCACCGCCUGCAGCUGCACAACCCGGAAAAACUACCCGAUCUACCCUUCAUAAGCAGCCUAUCCAUCAGAUCAAGUUGCGGUUCCGACGCCGACACCGCGAGAGACAUACGCCCUCUAUCUCCCCUCGGACCACUGCAAUGCCUCGUUCACCUGCCAGCAGUGCAAGAAUGGACCGCCCGCUGGUUAUGGGAAAGACCCAUGCCUUCCGCCCUUUCGAGUAGGGUGAUGCGCGAGCAUUGGACCUGGCCGUGGGAAGGUCCCUUACGAGACGCUCGUCACGAGUUCGGCGCUGCCAUCAUAGACCAGGAGAAGUACCUUUGCGGCAGAAGGAUCCCCGCCAGCCUGACCAGAGCCGCACUGCAUUUCUACCCUUUCUUCUCACUCCCUAAACACGAUCAGUCGAUAGCCCGGCCCAACCUGAUCCACCCCGCAGACAAAGACCCAGUGUCCAUCGGCCUGCGCAACCUCGGUACACAACUAAGCAUAUUCGACAUCCGUGCCAUGGUGACUCCACACCUCUUCCCCAGCCCCGACGCACCAACCCCGCAGCAAUGGUCAUAUAUGCGGCGCUUCAGACUCGAGUUCCAUCCCUUGCGUCCAGACGGGCGGUGGUACUUCAUCGGCCCCCGAGGCGAGGAUCCUCACGACUUUAAACAAGGAGGCUAUAAGAUCUCAGACACAGAACACUACCCCCGCGAGAUCGAUCCAGAUGAGUGCGGAGACCUCCGUGCGCAGUAUGACUACGAAGUCACCGAUGGGCCCGAAUACGAUGUAGACAUGUUCCGCGUCCAGCCCUGUAGAGAGCGCAUCGAGCCGCUGCUUGCGGCGUUUGCGACGUCGCUGACUCGCGACAAUAUGCCGGAUCUUGAGGACGCGGAGAUGUUCACGCACUUGUGGUGGCGUCCUAGAGACGAAAGGGAAGUGGAGGAGUAUGGUCUAAGGAUGAAGAAGGGGCAUAGAUGGGGUGUCAAGUUCAUUGCUGGGCGUGGUGGUAAAGAGCGGACUGACGGCGAUGUUGCUGCUACGGCACCAAGACCACCGGUGGUGCAGUGGCAGGUUGGCGACUGGAGACCCAGCGAGAAGGUCAUGAGUUUGUUUGAAAGACUUGGACAGCAGGAGUGGCUCGAUCUCGAGUGGAAUAGGUAUAGAGAUACGGCGGUGCACGACCUGCUGGGCAACAGCCAGUCCCCACCUAUAUAG